UAAUUUUCCAGGAGUUUAUUAAAUCUAUAAAGUCGGGUUUUCGGUAAAUAUUGCGGUCUUGGCCGGUAUUAUAGUUAUAUAUUCAAUUAUUAACCUUGUAAUCAACAUGCGCAAAACGAGUUACGUGACUAUGUGACGGCAAAAUUGAAGCCGUUGUUGUCCAUCGAGCCCGACCGAGCUAAUGUUCUGAUGUCUGAAUCUGACGCCGGCGUUGUCCAUCGAGCCGGACCGAGCUAAUGUUCUAAUGUCUAAAUCUGACGUGGAAGGUGAAAGUCAAAUUGAGGACAAGACAGAAGAGAAAGGCCUGCGGCGGCGAUACAGUUUGCCACUAGUCAUAUUUACUAUCACUUAGGCACGAAUAAAUGAAUAAACAACCUGCUUUAAAUUCUUGAAUUAUUAGAUGAUUACAAAUGAAUGAACGUACUCCUAUUUAUACAACUCCACCUCUUUUUAAUAUAUGGUGGUAAUCAUCUCAAUCUAAUGGUUAUGAUCAAUUCCUACGAUAUUCUACUAAAUAUAUACAAAGAAAAAUCAUCUAAGAAUCUUUACAUUAAUACGAGAAUUCUAGAAAAUCUUAUAAAAUCCUCUAAUAAUCUCUACUAUUUGGCCCAACUGGGGCCCUUUGUCCUGGGCUCGUUUGAUUGUCAACUGUAGCCCUUGAUUUCAAGGUAAAAUAGGUAGUCUGUGAUGUUGAGUAGGUCUUCAGCGAUCCGGUUUGCAUGCAGUGCAUAUACAACUUAUGGACUUUGGAAUUAUACUGUUGAAUUGCACGCAUGUCAUGUAUUCUUCCAAAUCUAAUCCAUCUGUAUAAGUUAAUUAACACGUUGAAUAAUUUUAAUUACCACGUAGAUCAAUUAAUCAAAAUUUUAAGGUUUUAUUUGACGUUUGAUUAGUAUAAUAUUUCUUUGGUCGACACGUAAUUAUGGAAAAAUCACGAGCUUUAUUCCUACUUAUUCAUAGAGAUUUUGUAAUUAAUGUUCCCUAAUCCCAUUCAUACAAUUUUGUUCUCAUACAUGGCAUACAAUUAUCUUGACAACUAAAUGUAGUUUUGUAACAAUUUGGACUAUGGGAUGUUUAACACACAAUUUUUCAAUAAAAUAUAAAUAAGAAUCCAUUUUUUAUAUCAAACAAAUAAAAUUUAAUUAAUUAUAACUUAUUUCACCAACCACCAAAACGAAACCUUAAAAUAAUUUGAAUUGACUAUACUCCCGAAUAAAAUAACGGUAUUUUUUUUCUUUUUAUGGAAAAUAAUUAUUACGAAUAUUCUAUAUAUAAUAAUAGUAAUAAACUCAACAACCCUAGUCCACUAUAAGCAUUGACUCUGCUCCGCCACCACGGGCUGAGUCAAAAACUUAAAACUAUGGCAAAAAAUCUAAAAUGGGAGGCCGAAGUAUCCACAACACUGCAAAAAGCUACGGCUGAUCAAAUAUGGCCUCUUUUCCAGGAUUUUUUCGGGCUUCACAAAUGGUUCCCGGGCCUCGCCACGUGUUACGGCAUCCACGGCUCCAACGGCGAGCCCGGCUGCAUGCGCUACUGUUCGGGUUCCGGCGGGCUCAAACGAGAAGGAAAUAUUAAUACUAAUACUAAUAAUAAUGACGAUGGGGAUUCGAAUUUGAGCUGGUCGAAGGAAAGACUGGUGGCAAUCAGUGGGGCCAAAAUGACAUUUACCUAUGAGAUUGUGGAUUGUAACAUUGGGUUCGAAUCCUAUGUUUCGACUGUAACGGUCGUUCCCGGCGGCGGCGGCGGAGGAGGAUGCACUGUGCGGUGGCGUAUCAGCCUGGAUCCGGUGGUGGGGUGGAAUUUGGAAGAUUUGGUGGGUAGGUAUGAACUUGGGCUGCAGCGUAUGCUGAAGAAGAUGGAGGCUUCCAUUUUUGGAUUUUGAAAUAGGUAUUUUUUUUUUCUUUUUUUAAUAAAACCUAGCUACUUUAUAUUUGAUUUUUAACUAUAAAACAUAUUUUAUAUUAUAUUUAUAAGGAUUAAUAUUGGAGACACACAUCAAUCAAACUUA